AGCAGCUUCGUUUACUAUUAGCUCUCCCCCUUUCUAUCUAAUCUUUACGAUCCCCCCCCUUUUUUUUUAUUUCCGUGUUCAAAUUCUGUUGCCCGGUUCAGAUUUUCGGAGCUCAAUUUUGGAAUCAAUGAAAGGGGUGAAAGGGAAGUUGAUGAAGAAGUUGAAGUCAAUCGGACCGAUUGGAAUUGGGUACCUGAAACCGCAAGAUCGAGUUCUUCAGGUAAAUGCAUCGGAUGGAUAUGCGGAUUCAAAUCUCAACAUUCAGACCCAUAAUUUCAUUUCAAAAGAAACGGAGCAGCAGGAGAAGAUCAAACAGUUAGAGAAGAAUGUGACGGAGCUAGAGCCUGACAUUAUCGAUGUCACCGAGCUUAUGAGAGACCUGGAUGAUGAAGAAGAGUCGGAGCCCGAUGGCGAUUAUAUCGACAUCAACGACAAGGAAAACGUUAGGCCUAAAACGAAGGAGAAACACCGAGUAGAGGGCAACAACAAUUGGGUUAAAACAGAGUCAAAUUUGGAGGAAAACAGAGCUUCUAAAGCUUCAGAAAAUCGAAGAGAGACCCCUUUGUCGCAGAUUGACAUCUCGUCUUUCCGGAGACCGGACUUAAACUCCGGUAGCCUCUUCGACCCGAACCUACUGUUAGCCUUUCAGCAAGCGGUGAUGGAAUAUAUGAGGUUUACUUCAAAUGAAGACAUAGAAUCCAAUUUUGUAGAAGCGCCAGAUCCCGAGCCAGAGCAAGAGCCGCCCUCAAAUAAAGACCCUCUAUUAGGCUUCGAAGAAAAGUGUCCGCCUGGUAGUUUGGAAUCAUCGGUAGUUCUCUACACUACAACCCUUCGGGGGAUUCGAAAGACUUUUGACGAUUGCAACAGCGUUCGAUUUCUUUUAGAGAGUUUUUGGGUUGUGUUCUACGAGCGAGAUGUGUCAAUGCACAUGGAAUUCCGACAAGAGCUUUGGAAGAUUUUGGAUUGCAAAGCAGUGCCUCCAAAUCUUUUCAUAAAGGGGAGAUAUAUCGGGGGAGCAGAGGAGGUCUUGACACUUCACGAGCAAGGAAAGCUCAAGCCGCUCUUUGAAGGAGUGCCGAUGGAUCGGUCCAUUGGCCCCUGUGAAGCUUGUGAUAGAGUUCGGUUUGUGAUUUGCUUCCGAUGCAGUGGGAGCUGCAAGCUCGUUGCCGAUGAGGGGCAGCCGGAUAAGUGCCCCGAGUGUAACGAAAAUGGGUUGAUUAUUUGCCCCUUGUGUUGCUGAACAAACUUGAAAUCUUGAUUCUUGUUGUAAUGUAUGUAACUUGAAAUUUUUUAUUCUUUGAAUU